AUGUCCACAAACAUCAACAACAUCCCGCUCAGCUACGCAACCUGCUCCCUCGGCCCCCCCAGCAUUCCCCUCGAAGACAAGCUCUCCUCCCUCAGCGCCGCCUCCUUCACCGGCAUCGAGCUCGCCUUCCCCGACCUCCUCGCCUACGCCAACACCCACAACGCAGGAACCACCCAAAUCCUUCCCCACGACUACACCUCCUUAGUCCACGCCGCAACCGAAGUCCGCUCACUAUGCGAGACCCACAACCUACAGAUCAUGAUGCUACAACCCUUCGCCAACUUCGAAGGCUGGCCACGGAACUCCCCGGAACGGGAAGACGCCUUCACGCGCGCCAAGGGAUGGAGUCAGAUCAUGGAAGCACUGGGGACGGAGAUAUUGCAGAUCGGGUCGACAGACACACCAGCUGAGAAACUCUCCCUGGGUAACAGUAAAAACAAGGAGAAUGUGGUGGCCGAUCUGCGUGAGCUAGCGGAUAUACUCGCACCGAAAGGUCAGCGCAUCGCGUACGAGAACUGGUGCUGGAGUACCCAUGCGCCCGGGUGGAAAGAUGUAUGGGAGAUAGUGAGGGAUGUGGGGAGGGAGAAUGUGGGGUUGUGUUUGGAUACGUUUCAGACGGCGGGGGGGGAGUGGGGGGAUCCGACGACUGCGGAUGGGGUGGUUGGUGGUGGUGGUGAUGAGGUGAGGAAGAGGUAUGAGAGCAGUUUGGAGGAGUUGGCCAGGACGGUUCCCGCGGAGAAGAUCUUUCUGCUGCAGGUGUCGGAUGCGUAUAAGCCACCGUCUCCGUUUGAGGAUGCGGUGGUGGAUGGGGCGAGGCCUAGGGCACGGUGGAGUCAUAGUUUUAGGCCGAUGCCGUAUCAUGGGGGGUAUUUGCCGAUUGAGGAGGUGGGGAGGGCGGUGUUGAGGACUGGGUUUCGGGGGUGGUUUUCGAUGGAGAUUUUUGAUGGGGGAGUGAAUGGGGAUGAGGAGAUUGAGGAUGUGGGGAAGUUUGCGAGGGAGGCGAUGGGGAGUAUGAGGAGAUUUUUGGAGAGGUGCGCGGAUGGUGUUUAG